GCUAGCGUAAGUACAGUACGUCUACAUGCCAAAGUUGGGGUCACUGGACUCAUCUCCGCAAGUUUGGGGUAACCAUUACCACGAAUCGAGAGCAGGCGCCAUACCAAACCGAACGCAAAAAAAUCAACUGAAACUUCAAGACGAGCGGGCUAAUCUAGCUCACAAACUAUAUCAAUAUCCACCUUAUGUGGACAGGCACGUAGAUGGACGGGGAUCUGUCGAUGGUGUUAGAGGAAGAUUUGUUGGUGAAUGGUUUCUUCCAUACCAUUUGGAAAUUCUGUUACCUAUACCACCAAGCAAAGCGGCCUGGAUGCGUGUGCGCAUACUCAACAAAGCAUCAUUUGAAGCUGGGCCAAUAAAGGUUCUGGAUGGUGAUGAAAUAUACCGUUUAUCAACGAGAUUCGCAAGAUGUAUACAUACCAAGUUCGGUGCAGAAAAGUUUUUUUCACUGCUUACUCUUCCCUCUGGAGGUAUCCCUCUGGAGGUCGAACCUGCACAGUAUGAUGUACUGGUACGGAUGAGUGAACCGUACGCACAAUAUCAUAGUGAGGCUUUUUACCCGUAUAUAGCAGAGGCACAUCCUCGUCUAGCAGAAUCAAUGGCAAAUGGAAAUCAUUAGGAUCGGCUACCCUAUUCAUACGUUGA